AUGCAGGUUCCAGAUCCUGUGACCCAGAUCUGCAAGUUUGAUCCGGGGACGCCUCCCUCGCUGUGCGCCGCGGCCAGUGACCCGCCGGCUCUGGUGGACGAGACGGUCAGGGGAGCCCAGCCGCUCCUCCGCGUCCGUGCCGACCGCGAGCCGCCGCACGGAGGCGAGCAGGGCGGUCUCAACCGGUGCAGCCGUGUAAAGAGACGCUCCCUGUUUAAAGGAAACAAAAUAAACCUUCCUUGCACCUCUUGCUGCCCCAGGAUUGACGAGGAGUUGCUGGGCGACGGCCACAGUUACAGCCCCAAGGCCAUCCACUCCUGGCUGACCAGAGUCAUGUACAACCGCCGCAGCAAGAUGAACCCCCUGUGGAACACCGUGGUCAUCGGGGGCUUCUACAACGGAGAGAGUUUCCUGGGCUAUGUGGACAAGCUGGGAGUGGCCUACGAGGCUCCCACUGUGGCUACAGGUUUUGGAGCUUACCUGGCACAGGUGAGUCGUACUUCCUACUCCUUUCUCCACUGGUGCCUCCGAGCCGCUCCUCCUGCGGCCCGGAUGUUUAUCCGCGGCCCCUCCUGAGGCGGGGGUGUGGAG